UUAUAAUGAGAUAGAUACGGUACCGUUCCUUACGUGCGUAGUAGUGUCGCACUGUUUGUGUCAUCUUCCGGAGACUGCUUGGAACUAUUUUUUCAUUGUUUCCGAUGACGUCCCCACGCAAACAUCAGUCAGUGAAAAGUCGGCUCGGGAUCCCAUUUUAGAAUAAUUGCACGGUGAGCUGCAAUGCCGCUGGUUCUGAAGAGUCAUGGUGUCAACCUGUUCCCCACCACUUCGGUUGAACUUUUAAUGACUGCAGUCGAAAGAACGCUAUUACCCCCGUACUCGCGAAUGAGCCGCUCGCACUAGUUUACGUCAAUCUAUGUCAGAUGCCAGUUCAUUCAUAGCGCAUCGGUAUCCAAACAUGUGAGGAAUAGUCAGCUCAGGUAGUAGCUACUUUAAGUGAAUAGCACUCUUCCUUUCAGUCUCUUCCCAAUUGAAACCUGCACUUGUUCAUGCCCUCUGCUGCAUCUCUCUAGACCACCUUUGACGAGCACAAGUUGACAAGUGCUGAGCGCGUGAUUUUUUGGAGAAGUCUAGAGCUGAUAUUGUGAAUUUUAGUUGCUAUUGGUUUUUUCUUUUUCUUUUUCUUUUUCUUUUAUUUUUUAAGAACUUCCAACUCUUUCAGGUCUUGUCCCUGAAAUAAUAGAAUUCGUUACUGCGUGGGGAGGACUCAAGUUUUGAGGCUUUCAGACUUCGUUAGAACAGAUGUUUCACCUUUCGAUUUGCUUCUCAGGACAAAUUAGAACAAUUUAGACGGAGACAAAGAUAUAGGGCCAAUUAUGUGGUUAUCAUCGGAUUAAGAGACCUUCACCCUACUUCUCCAUUUCUGAAUUAGUUAUCGAACCAUUCGAGGUGAUCAUCAGAAGCUAGUCUAAUUCAUCGACGCGUCACUUAGCUGCAGUUUGCGGAAUUGGCACUUAUUCGUCACGGAUCCACCUCGCGGCCGAUUUUGUGUCAAGGUGCAGAAUUAUUCUAAGCCUCGUGAAGAAUAUGCCACUUCAAAUCAGCUCAUGCUGAAGUCUGUCAAGAUGCACGAUCAAUUCUGGACAGCUCUUGCAGUGGGGACAAUGUACCUCCUGCAACUCGCGAGCUUGACGAACGCACAAGGGACGUGGGAGCUUCUGCUUGACAACGCGGGGAUUGCUUCGAUGCACACAGCAGUGACGCACUAUAACACAGUCAUUUUUCUUGACCGCACCAACAUCGGCAGGUCAGAGAUUGACUUACCUAAUGGAGAAUGUCGGGAGAAUGAUGACGAGCUUGCUUUGAAGAAGGACUGUACAGCGCACUCAGUGAUGUUCGACCCGAGCAGUAAUUCGGUGCGGGCUUUAUGGGUCCAGACCGAUCCCUGGUGUUCUUCAGGGCAGUUUCAAGGUGAUGGCACCAUGGUCCAAACAGGAGGAGAUUUUGAGGGCAUCAAAAAAAUUCGAACGUUGGUGCCAUGCGGGAGAGAUGAUGAGUGUGACUGGGUUGAGGAGCGCACUGAGCUCUCGGAAGGGAGGUGGUACGCCACUAAUCAGAUACUUCCGGAUGGGAAGACGCAGAUUGUAAUUGGAGGUCGAGACGCUUACACAUAUGAAUUUGUGCCGAAGAGGAACAGAAACGAAGGUGUGUUCUAUCUUAAGCUACUCGAGGAUACUAACUCCGCCCAGGGUGAUAACAUGUACCCCUACGUCCAUCUCCUUCCCAGUGGAGACUUGUACAUAUUCGCCAACCGCGACUCAAUUGUCCUCAACUACAAAACCGAUAAAGUGGUGAAAACAUUUCCAAGAAUUCCUGGAGAACCUCGAAAUUAUCCAUCAGCAGGAUCAUCUGUAAUGCUUCCCAUUGACCAGGCAUCUUCGUACACGGUCGUCGAAGUCCUCGUCUGCGGCGGCGCGAGGAAUAGAGCCUUCACCAACUAUCGUCAACAAUACCCCGCUUCGCUGACUUGUGGUAGGAUGGUAGUCACAGACAAUGACCCCAAAUGGGCCAUGGAAGACAUGCCUAUGCCGCGCACAAUGGGCGACAUGAUAAUCUUGCCAAUGGGCGAGGUGUUGAUCAUCAAUGGCGCUGAAAAUGGUUCUCAGGGAUGGGGGAGGGCUAGUAAUGCUGUGCUCACCCCUGUGAAGUACGCCACCUACAACGCGGGCAACAGAUUCGAAACGCUCGCUGCGAGCGAUAUUCCUCGAGUGUACCAUUCUACAGCAAAUUUGCUAGUUGAUGGCAGAAUCUUGCUUGCCGGAAGCAACACGCACCAGUACUACACUUUCACGGGCAGAUUUCCCACUGAGUUGCGAAUCGACGCCUUUUCGCCUCCAUAUCUCUCCACCAGAAACAACAACAUUCGGCCCACCAUGACGAAGUCCCCAGGCAGUAUCGGCUAUGGUGAAAAAUUCGCAAUCACAUUCACAGUUGCAGAACGGCAUGGAGGCUUUGAAUUGAACAUGAAGAGUACUCCAUUCGUCACACAUUCAUAUGCCAUGGGACAAAGGAUGCUGAAGCUCGAAGUGACCGAGCCCGUUGCUUCCGCCGCGACACAAAAUUCGUUCGCCGUGGAUGUGAUUGCCCCUCCAACUGCCGAAUUAGCUCCCCCUGGGUACUACAUGCUGUGGCCUGUGCAGGAUUGGAUUCCUGGAACUGCUGCUUGGGUGAAAAUUGGGUGAAAAUUCAUCGAAUUCGGAUCCAUUCAUCUCUCCUAACUUCACCAAGGUUCAGCAGUUGAUGCAUAGAUAGCUUCUCAACUAGAAAGAGCUCUGGAUAAUGCUCACAAUUGCAAGCUUGAUAUCCAGUAUUUACUUUUGUGUCCAUCUCGUUCAAGGUUUGCUGGAAAUCAUCUGAGUCUCGCAAGAGCUGCAUGGAAAUCCGGUUGGUAAGAGAUAAGUCCACGAGACAACUGAUGUGGUCUAGCGGAAUCAGGUUAACAAAAUUUGGAAUACAAAAAGAAAUGCAGGGCAACAUUUAAACAAAACAACACCUUGUACAAAUAAAACCAUCUCAGUUUAUUUCCAGAAACCAGAACUGAGUAAAGAUUUCAGAAUUUGGUUACGAUCACAACUGAGAAUCGAUUGAAAGUCCACAAGGUUCGAGUACAAGAAAGAUGAUUACUCAUGUAAUACUCAUGCAUUUACGCUGCAUGCCUGAUAAUCCUAAAGAUGUGGCUAUCCGCUCUCCGUGGCUACUCCAUUAAAUCAGUUCAUUAAA